AUGCCCAUCGCUCAGGCUAAAAAGAUCUGUCCGGACCUUGUGUUGGCUGAUGGCGAGGAUCUGUCUCCUUUCCGCGACGUGUCCAAGCGUUUGCACGCUCUGCUCCGGUCUUACUCGUGGAACGGCAAGGUCGAGCGACUGGGGCUCGAUGAGGUAUUCCUGGAUGUCACCGACCUUGUCUCGUACAAUGUCGCACUCUUGAACAGAAGCUCCCUGAGUCAGUCCUAUUUUUGUCUCUCUCGGUCAGACCCGGAGAUUGGAUUCGAGUAUGAUGCCACGGCCUUUGCUGGAUGCGUGCUCGGCGGCGAUGGCGUCCAGUCCUACGAGAACGUUCUGUACAUGCGGCUUUUGGUUGCGUCCCAUCUUGCCAGAUAUCUCAGGUUGAAGAUCGAGGGGGAAGGCUACACAAGCGCCUGUGGGAUAUCCACCAACAAGCUGCUCGCGAAAUUAGUUGGUGACAAGAACAAGCCGCGGAACCAGACAGUGCUCCUUGCCCUCCGCCAAGAAGAUGUUCUCUCCUUCAUGGACGAGCACGGCCUCCGUAAGGUCCCCGGGAUCGGCUCCAAGACGACCCGCGUGCUGGAAGGCUUCGUCCUCGGCAAGGAGCCGGAGCCAGAUACGCACACGAUGGAGUGUUCGACCACCGUAGGCCAGGUCCGCACCCACCCCGACAUCUGCCCGGCAACCCUCUCCCGGAUCCUCUCCAGCCCGGGCUCCGAGAAAAGCCUCGGGACUAAAGUCUGGACCCUGCUCCACGGCGUAGACGACACCGACGUCAAACCGGCCCGCGACAUCCCCACCCAGAUCAGCAUCGAGGACUCCUACCGCGGGCUCAACCACCCGUCCGAGAUCCACCGCGAGCUACUCGCCAUCACCACCUCCCUGCUCCGGCGCAUGCACGCGGACCUGCUCGCGGAGGAGGACGAUGAGCCUACUCACCCCACCACCGCACGCAGGUGGCUAGCGCGCCCGAAAACGAUCCGCCUCUCCACGCGCCCCUAUACCAGCCCGCAGGACGACAAGCCCUACAACUGGGCGCGGCAGUCACGCAGCUGCCCGCUGCCAUCCUUUGUCUUCCAUACCACCAGCAGCGUAACAACAACAAGCCCUGCGGACCUCGAGCGCACCGCCUCGCGCCUCGUCGCCGAGACCCUGCUGCCGCUCUUCCACAAGAUAAAUUCCCCACCCGUUCCUCCCGCGGCUCCCUCACCUCCCAUACCUAUUACCACCACCGCCGCCGUCGGAGGGUGGAAUAUCGGCUUAAUGAACGUCUGCGUGACCAACAUGUCCGGCGACAUAGGCGGCAGCAGCGGCGGGGAUAUCGGGGCCAUGUUCCGGCGGCAGGAGGGGGUGUUGCGGGAAUUUACCGUGUAUGAUACCGCUGAAGGCGGGGAUAGGAGCGUGGAAGAGGGUGGUGCCAGUGGCGAUGAUGACCAUCAUGAGGGUAGUCAUGAGGGUGGCGAAGAGAAGGGAGUAGGGGCAGAGGGGUUGGUGGAGAUGGAGACGGAGGCAGAGGUGGACGACGCAUGGGACAAUGACGAAGCACCGGACGACCAGGAUGCCGCGCUGUGUCCGCUCUGUGAGCGGCUGGUUCCGCGCUUUGCCGUGUUGGCGCACGAACGGUACCACAGCCUAGGGGACGCUUGA